UCCGUAGUUUUAAGUGACGACAGUUGUUAGGCUAAGGCUAACAGUGUUAAGUGAAUGGUAUCAGCCGUUUAUGUCAAUUGAAGAAAUUAGUAGAAUAAAGACACUAAUUCAUUUUUGUUUUGUAUCUAUGCUGUAGCUAAAUUUAUGUCGCACGCUGAAGAUAAUUUCGUGUAAUUAGCUCAGCUGGCAGGCUAGUGUGCGGUAGGUAACGGUUAGUUAGCUAGCUAGCUAGGUAACGACAACGUCAUAAGAAGAACAUCUAAAACAAACGCGGUGGCCAGUUGAUAAAAGGUGCCGCUGCUGUCAGUGUUUGUGAAUUAAACCACCAGCAGUGCCAGAAUGAAUAUUGCUAAAAGUGGUUAUCGCGUCUUUUCGGCAAACUCCUCCGUAGCAUGCACAGAAUUGGCCAAGAAGAUAACAGAGCGGCUGGGAGUUGAACUGGGGAAGUCGGUGGUCUUUCAGGAAUCUAACAGAGAAACUAGAGUGGAUGUGAAAGAAUCAGUUCGUGGGCAAACUAUCUUCAUCAUUCAGACCAUACCGCGAGAUGUCAACACAGCCAUCAUGGAGCUGCUGGUUAUGGCCUAUGCCCUCAAGACGUCUUGUGCAAAGAACAUCAUUGGAGUCAUUCCAUACUUCCCCUACAGCAAACAGUGCAAGAUGAGAAAGAGGGGUUCAAUAGUGAGCAAGUUGUUAGCUUCAAUGUUGGCGAAAGCAGGAUUAACGCACAUCAUCACCAUGGACUUGCAUCAGAAGGAGAUCCAGGGCUUCUUCAGCUUCCCAGUGGACAAUUUGCGUGCCUCCCCUUUCUUGAUUCAGUUUAUCCAAGAAGAGAUUCCUGAUUACAGAAAUGCCAUCAUUGUGGCAAAGUCCCCAUCAGCAGCUAAAAGGGCUCAGUCCUAUGCGGAACGCCUGCGUUUGGGUCUGGCUGUGAUUCACGGUGAGGCUCAGUGUUCAGAGUCCGACAUGGCUGAUGGAAGACACUCCCCACCAUGUGUACGCAACACCACAGGACACACAGGACUGGAGCUUCCUUCAGGCAAACAACAAGCUCCGUUCCCUGGCAUAGAGCUCCCAAUAAUGAUGGCCAAGGAGAAACCUCCCAUAACUGUAGUCGGAGACGUGGGAGGGAGAAUUGCCAUCAUUGUGGAUGACAUUAUAGAUGAUGUGGGAGACUUUGUUGCAGCUGCUGAGAUCCUGAAAGAGAGAGGAGCCUAUAAGAUUUAUAUCAUGGCCACACAUGGCUUACUGUCCGCCGAUGCUCCACGCCUCAUCGAGGAAUCCGCCAUUGAUGAGGUGGUGGUGACCAACACAGUCCCCCAUGAAGUGCAGAAGCUACAGUGUCCCAAAAUCAAGACUGUGGAUGUCAGCAUGAUCUUGGCUGAGGCCAUCCGCCGCAUCCAUAACGGCGAGUCCAUGGCCUACUUGUUCCGCAACAUCACCGUGGACGACUAAAGAGUGUCCGAGAGGGUGAGCUGGGUGUGAUAGGGACUGAAGGCAGGUGCACGUCUUCCCUCGGCUUUAAAAACAUGCUAAUGCCAUGUUCCACGUGUUGUGUAUAGCAGGAUUAAAUGUAUGCUAAUUCAUUGAAAGAAGUUCUCAAGUUCUCAAGUUAUCAAAAGGUGUAAAAAUGAAAAAUAAAAAAAAUGUAUUUCUUUGGUUAAGUUAAGAAAUGCAUCUUGUUCUUGUUGAGAAAAGAUGAUAAAAUAGCAAACGAGUGACUUUCACCUUUUGAUGUAUUCAGUCAUGAUUUUGAAGCCUCUCCUUCCGAUCGAUUCCAGCUUCCUCAUACAUCUAAUGACUGAGCUUCAACUGCAAAAGAGAAGAGAAGUAUUUCUCCAGUAACAGGACUUUGUGCUUUAGCAACCAUUUCCCAGACACUCUGGCUGGCCCUCAUGGUCACAGCUGCUCAGCACUGUGAUGUCUUCGCAUGUAAUGGGGUGUGUUGGUUCCAACCGUUCUCUUAAUACAUCCAUGGUUCCAACCACAUAGACAACACUGGACAAGCUCCUGCUUAUUGGUGCCCAAAUUAUAUUUGUAUGCAGCUUUUUUGCACCAUUUGUGGGAAUGUUUGGAAGUUCAGUAAAAUGUCCAAUGUGAUGCAAUACAUUUCUCAACAUACUGUAUGUGGAAAUGAAUGGAUCAUCAAUUACAUAAAAAUCCAAAAGGACCAUCUUUGUUGUAGCCAAUUAUCUACAACCCACGAUUACUAAACAUUACUGCCGGCAGGUUUUCAAGCAGAGCAAAAGGUUUUCUUUAUGUAUUUUGUUUGUUUUUCGAAGCACUCAGUGGUUUCCCUUCAUUUCAGUUUGCUAUGAAACCCAACUUGCAGGAACCUGCCUUGGUUACAUUAUCAAUCACAGUUAACCUGCUUGGUUUUCCUUUUUUGUCACUUUACAUUGUUGUUAGGCUGCUUGUGUGGUGGGCUUAUGUGCUACUGUAACUACGUGUGGAAAACAUAAUUCUCCCUGUUGGAGGUUAGCAACAGUAAUCCACACAAAGUCCAUCACUUUUUUCAAUCCAAGCAGCAGCCAAGUUCUCAAUCUGCUUUUGCUAAUUUUUGCCUUGUCUUGAAACCUGUGUCAUACCAGCACUUUAAUGUACAAGAUAAGUGGACUUUGAAUUGAUUUAUGCUUUAGGUACAUCACUUUAAAAUAACAAAAUUCACUAUGGUGGGCUACUUCAGUGUUUUAUUUUAUUAUUAUUUUUUUUUUUUUUGUUCCGUAGUAAAGUGAAUGGAAACUAAUGGCUGCUUGGAAGAUAGGACAUGUGCACAAAAAAGGAAACUAGCCAGCAGUAGUGUACAAUGUGUGUAUUUUAGUAAACUGGCGAAACACCAGCGUGGUCUUGUUUGUCUACAAAAUACUGUGGUAUUUCCCCAUAAAGACUUGAACAUACAAACCUUUUUGUGCUCUUUGAGUCAAUUUCAAAGUGAUGCUUGAGAGGAAAUUAGUGUAUUAUUUCUAUGCUGAUUGAGCCUUUUGCUCAGGGAAAUAUACUUAACAAGCCAACACACACUUAUCUGUUCUUGUGUUUUUGAUGGUUUCUUCCUGUUUCACAUGUUUAAAAAAAAAAAAAAAAGUGUCUUCCAUACAGCAGUACGGUACGCCUUUUACUUUUUCCCAUUUGGUUUUGUUAUGGAUUCUGGAUUUCUCCUGAUGUGCUAAUGAAUGAUUGUUUGAAAGCUAGAUUCACACGCUGGUGUUGUGUUGGCACAAAGUUGUCAGUAUCAAAUGCGGAUGCUGGGCAGGCUCAAAUGUGAUCUGUCGUUAGUGUUUUUCAUCAUUCUUCUAUGUAUUCGCUGUUCCCCUGACCUGUCUGUGAUGUUGAGGACGUAUAAUUUAGACACUAACACCCUUCUGUCUAGCUCUACGGCCUUUGUCAUUGUGUUUGAAAAUAAAACGGUUGCCUCUG